AUGCAUUCGUCAGAACCACCAGCGCCAUCAGCACCACCAGCACCAUCUGGGGAUAAUAUUGCUGCUCAACAAGUAUAUCCUGAACCAAUGCGCUCUUCUCCAGCUGAUUUUGCGGCCCAAUCAUUGCCUGCUGCUGAGAAAGCUUCACUUCAGGAUCAAGUAGCUGCUCCAGCGCCUGCUUACACCCCAUAUGCUCAUCCCACUGCUUCUACAAUCGAUCAAUCUAAUACUUCUCAGCCAAUAUGUAUUCAGCCCAUGAUGAUUCAACCGGUGAGUUGGGGUCGUCGUCCCCAACCUGUAAAAUGUAAUACCUGCAACAAUGCAGUGCUAACUCAAACAACCACUCAUAAUGGCAAUUUAUUGGAAUAUACAGGACUAGCAAUGUGGCUCUCGGUUGGCUUAACUUGUCUUGUUCUUCCCUGCUGCUGCUGGAUUCCACUGCUCAUCAAUGAUCUUCAGUGUUGUCUAUGUAGCAGUGCCGAUCUCUGCUUGGAUGCCACAUAUUUAGCCUCGCAACUUAUACCCUGA